CACUUUAGUUGCGCUGCUUGACUUGAAAAAAUAGAUACAUACAUUAGGGCGUAUGCACAUAGAAAGCUGGCUACCGGCGCCGAUCUACCAGCGCUUAUCGGCGCUGGUCUGUUCCGGCAACCUCUACAUAAAGCAAGCGGGUUUAAGCAGAAGCUCGCUGGCGUCUCUCUGUCUAUGCUUUGUGUCUCUCUGAGCAGCGAGCAAAAUGUCGAGCUCCUCAGAUGAAGAUAUCUUUCUAUUAGAAAAUGUGUUUCUCAAAAUGCGCAAACAAAGUGUACACCCCAUAAAUAGAAAAAGAAAAAUUUACGGAGAAUAUCAUCAUUUAUUUCAAGACAUUAAAGCAGACAAACAAAGAUUUUAUAGAUAUACAAGAAUGACUCCAGAAACAUUUUACUACAUUUUGGAUAAAGUAGAACAUCGAUUGAUAAAAAACUGGUGUAAUUGGCAUCAACAACCUAUUCUCCCAGAAGAAAGACUUGUUGUUACCAUUCGGUAUCUGGCAACAGGGGCAACAUUUGCACAUUUGGCUUCUGAAUUUAGAAUGGGUCUUUCCACAAUAAAGGAUAUUAUAGAAGAAACAACGAAUGUAUUGUGGGAUGAAUUACAUCCAGUACACAUGCCCAUACCUACAAAGGAGGCUUUUCGUGCAAUAGCAAAUGACUUCAACAAUAUUUGGAAUUUUCCAAAUGUUUUAGGGGCAAUCGACGGAAAGCAUGUGCGCAUACUCUGUCCAGAUGGAUCAGGGUCCAUGUUUUACAAUUACAAAAAAUAUUUUUCUGUCGUGUUACAAGCAGUCGCAGAUGCAAACUAUAAAUUUAUAACAAUUGAUAUCGGCGGGUUUGGUAAACAAAGCGACGGUGGAACAUUCAAGGCUUCAGAACUAUACCAACGUUUAAGUACUGGGCAGAUGGAUAUUCCAGAAGCAGAAUAUUUACCAGGAACAAAUGUGAAAACACCAUAUGUUUUUCUAGGUGAUGAAGCGUAUCCUCUGCUGAGAUACCUACUAAAACCUUUCGGAGGCAGAAAUUUGCCUUCAGAACAACGCAACUUUAAUAAACGUCUAUCAAGAGCUAGAAAAACUGUAGAGUGUGCGUUUGGUAUAGUAAAUUCGAAAUGGCGAUUGCUUUCCAAAUGUAUUGAAACCAAUAUUGAUGUAGCUGACCAAAUCGUUAAGUAUAUAUGUGUUUUACAUAACACUAUCAUUGAUAAAGAAGGUAUCAACCGUAACUUAACUCCUGUUCAUUUAGUACGAAGAAGGUGGAAUAACUCAGGGCACGACUCAAAUGAGGCAAUGGAUAUCAGAAAUAUUUACGUCAAUUAUUUUUUACAUAACUCACUAGCUUACAAUAAUUAAGUGUUUAUUGUUAAUAAAUUCAAUAAGUAAAUAAACUCACCGUCUACAUCCAUCUCGGCACUUAUUUCCCUCCAGCAUUUAUCCACCACGUAUCUGUUUGAAUGCCUUUUGUCUCUUUUAUCCCAAACAGGUGGUUUACUAAAAACUAACGAAAUCAGUAUAUCAAUAUCCAUAUUAUUAAACGCGGUGUUGUUCCCUUGAAAAUUAAGCCGCAAAUGGCAGUUUACCAGCGCUUAUCGGCGCAGGUCGGAACCGGUCAAAACUUGUCAGCGCCGUUCGGCGCUUAUCGGCGCUGUUUCGACACAAAGUAUAGAAACUGCCUGCGCCGGCUGCCUGCGCGCACCGGUUCCGAUAAGCGCUGCUAGAUCGGCGCCGGUAACCAGCUUUCUAUGUGCAUACGCCCUUA